AUGGUUGCAUCCUGUCCCGAUGUACCGUCCCAUUGUAAAGCUGGAGUGGUGAAGAGACACGGCAAAAAUUUUGUCUUGGAGGUUGAAAAAGUGCCGGUCCCUCAGCCUGGCACGGGUCAACUCCUGCUCAAACUGACUGUCACUGGCAUAUGUUACAGUGACGUCCAUUAUAUGCUGGAAGAUUUGCCACUUCCGCGAAUGGGAGAUUAUGGCGUGAAGUCUCCCGGACACGAGGGUGCCGGGAUGGUAGUUGCCAUUGGCGAUGGUGUCACAGGGUGGAAGAUUGGCGACCGUGCCGGAGUAAAGCCCACGUGGGACACCUGCAUGUGCUGCGAAUUGUGUUUGAGUUCUCUCGAAUGUCAUUGCGCGCAAGCGAUCCCGACAGGGUUGAAAGUGCCAGGGACAUAUCAAGAGUACAUUCUCAGUCCGGCAAAAUAUACCACGCGCAUUCCGGUCGGCGUGGAUGACUUUUGUGCGGGGCCAAUUAUGUGCAGCGGCUCCACAAUUUACAGAUCGAUGGUGGAGUCUGGGCUUCGUCCUGGACAAUGGGCUGCUUUCAUUGGAGCGGGAGGUGGUGUGGGUCAUAUGGGCGUACAGCUUGCUAAGGCGAUGGGAGCAAGAGUGAUUGGAAUUGACAGCGGACAGGAAAAAAAGGAGCUGUGUCUUGAACUCGGCUGCGAGGCCUUCAUAGACUUUACAGCAUCGAAAGACAUUGCAGGAGAUGCGGUUCAGAUAUCUGACGGAGAGGGCGCGCACGCUGUAUUUGUGACAGCAAGUUCACCUGCAGCGUACACCCUGGCGACCAAAAUAGCUCGCGUCGGGGGUAAGAUUAUGUGUGUCGGGAUGCCACCUUCUGGGAGUGCUUUUGCGGGUGAUGAUCCGAUGUUCCUGAUCCUUCGUAACUUGAAGGUUAUCGGAACUUUGACAGGCUCGCUGAGAGAUACAAAAGAGGUACUUGAGUUUGCCGCAAGGGGGUUGCUGAGACCUGUGUAUGAGACAUACAGUAUCAGUCAGCUACCCGAUGCUGUAGCUAAACUUCGGGCUGGCCAAGUACGUGGUCGCUGCGUCGUCGAUUUUAACGCGGUUCAAGCAUCCUAA